ACUCCAUUCACACCUCAUCGUCUCUCCACCUUCUUUGUUCGAUGCAGUGCCGUCCAUGUCCUCCUUUACUCUGUCACUUCAUCACUAGGACAAUCUCUUACUUCACUCCGUGUGUAUCACAGUCAUUCGCUUGAACCAAUAUUAUCAUAUUGUCCGUGGUGCUGCAGGUCAACCAUCCCGUAAUCUUAUAUCAAUAUCAGCCUUGCCAGUCUGCUUAUCCUCCGGCCUCGAUACUACUCAUACUUCGUUCAUGGCUUCUCCCGCCCUCCAUCCCAUGCGACCAUCUGGCUGGAUUGAUCCACGUCGGCCAGCGGAAUAUCCCAUCGUCGUUGGAGAAAGCGUUAAAGCGAAUGGAGCAGGCAGAUCCAGCAAGUCUCUUGUCACUGUCCGAUACAACUGGCAACCCAAGUCCGGAUUUGGGCCACGCGACAGCAAGCUGACCAAAAGCGGUGACGACUAUCAACUGACUAUCCGGGACGAAGAUUCCGGCAAUGACGAAGAAUACCAGUAUAGUGGGGCAAUUUCUUCAUCUACUGGGAGAACAGGGGAGGACCAGACAAGCUCACUGGCGCUGAUUUACGACCCGGCAAAGUCAUGCUUUGUUUUGGAAACCAUAUCGGCAUCCCUCGACUUAAACUUGAAACGUGGGGCUUCACACUCAACCAAGGACGCCCGUGAGCUUCCUCAGCUACCAAUAAAGCAAUCAUCAAGUACUGCAACCGCCCAACCGAACGGGGACGGGGGCACUUCACCCGCGCCGGACGACGAGACUCCCGACACCGACAACCCAUAUGACUACCGGCACUUCCUCGCCGAAGCACGAGAAAAUGUUGAGAAAUCGGCCCUUGCACCUGGCAGUCGAACGCCUUUGACCGGAGUUUCUACGCCUGUACCUGGAGGAAGCCGGUUCUCAGCAACCACCCCACAAUUCAGACCGACACCCGUACCAAGCACAAGCAAAGCAACGCCACAAAAGACGAAGAAGCAAACAGAAACAUUGAAAACUCGCCCAACCAGCCGGACGGCGACACCUACAAUUGCUGGAAAACCGACGGCCCAAUCGAAGCGCGACAGCCCGAACAAACCAUCAUCGUCGAGCAAAGCGUUGAGUAAAGCCCGAAUUACCGAUUCCGACGAGGAAGACGAAGCCGAAGCAGACGAGAGCAUUAUCGACGUCGCGCGACCGAGUGCCAAAUCGUCAUCAUCGUUCAGCCACCUCGGCUCAAGACCGAGCGCGAGCGCCAGAAGAGGACAUACACGCAACAUAUCCGCCAACAUCGGCAGUUCGCCACACAUCAUCAUCAACGACGACGAUGGCGGUCUCGAGAUCGACAUGGGCAGUCCGCCGCCCGAAGACCGACCCAGCCGUCGUGGAAGAGUCGAUCCCGAGAUGUUCCGCAGCCACACCGGCACACCGAUCGGAGGCAUGAGCAGCAACAGCAACCACGCAGCAGGGAACUCAAGACCAAUGUCGCAGGCUCGUCCCUCGGCUGAUGAGACUCACAAUCAUGGCCGUGGCCGCAAGGACCGAGACCGAGACCGAGAUGUCACGAUGAAAGAUAUCGAGGCCGGAACAACGGACGAAGACGGCGAUGUGGAAGAGUUCGAGCUAGGCAGCCCGAGGGACAAGCUGCUCAGUGUGCCCAACAGUGGCGAUGUCUCCCAAAUAGAUGGCGAUGACGACGACACCGAUGGUCAACGCGACGGUCGUCAUCAGGAUCAAACGACGCACAGUCACAGUCACAGUCAGCAUCAACAAGGACAUGCCGCAACAUCAACGGCGCAUCAUGACGAUGAUGAAGACGAUGAAGAUCUGCUCGCUGCAGCACUGGAGGCCGCGCUGGAAGAAGAGGAUCAGGCUGCUACUCCUGCCGCUGCGACUUCAGCUGCUGUUGGAUUGGGCAUUGGCAUGGCCACACAGGAUGACGAGAGCGAGGUGAGCGAAGAGGAGUAGUAGUACUGCCUCUCCUCUCCUUUGGGUAUCCAUGGUGCCUUUGCUGCUUGUCUACCGAACGGAAGCAUCUACUCUCCGCGUACCUCAAGGAGGGAUGGUGCAUACCACGUAUUGGAAAUGUGAUCAGAUCUGAUGCCUAGAUAUGAGAGACAGGUGUGAGAGAAACGUGGUUGGCGGAUCUUCAAGAAUGCUACCAUAGAUCUAGAGGUACUACUACCGACAUGAUCAGGCCGAGUCAUAAUUCAACAACACUCGAUGUACGAUAUGUAUUCUUUCAUCUACAUCAUUUAGAUGACUUGUUUCCAAUCUCAAUCCUGCAUUGGUAUCAAUCCAUUACCUUUCAGCGGACGGCAUGCCAGUGCACCAGGCAAGUCGAUCAGCAAGAAGCCGGCGAUAGAUACCUUUGACAGCCUUGCCAUGGUUUCUACCUAGGUAAUAUUACCUCCCUUGCAGCAACUGCUCAUGUUGUACAUAGGCUUCGAAUAACAGGCUUUCACCGCUGACAUUGGUGCGCAUCACAACUAGUACUAGUGAGAUACCUCACGUAGAACGGAUUGGUACACACGUCAUCUAAUGAAUAUUCUUAUUUUCG